UAUGCGGACAUGUAUGACCGGAGGGACUCAUAUGAGUAUGUGAAAUUUGUCUUGUACUUGAAAGAGUCUUAUGAUGAGUCAUUUUUAAUUUUUGGAAACUAUGGCCGUCGUAGCAGAAACAUUUGGUCAUCAACUCCAAGGCUGUUAAGGGAGCAACAGUAUUAUCUCGUGGGAACCAUUUCAGUUCUUUGCACAAGAGCUGAAUCAGAACAACCUGCUGCAAUUCAACCUCCUGUUAUAGUCAUUGAUUCAGAUGAUGACAAUAAUACACAGUGCGAAAGGCUUCAAAAACAAUGCAAGAGGAAGGAAAUUCAAGGAAAGCACCAGGCUGAAAAUUUGAAUGCACAAAGUCCUGAAUCAAGCUCUGAUGUUGAGAUUUUAGAUGUUAUACCAGCCCCUCGGCAAAUACCAUUUGAAUUAUCUCAGGUCAGGACACCGUCUCGAUCAAGUAUAUGCACAACUAUCAGUAUAGCUACAAGCACGAGCACAAGCAUUAGCACAAGCAUAAGCUCAUCUGGAGAUUUUGAAUCCAUCGCAUUAUCAUUGGCAACCUCCACAUCUGAGCAGGAUUCUAUAAUAGAGGCAAAAAAGGGGCUAGACCCAGUAGACAUGGAAUUUGAUGUUGGCCCAGAAUUUCUUUUUCUGAGCGACGGCCAGGAAGAACAAACCUCCCCAGAGCAUGGAGAAUGCAGUGAUGAGAAUGGGAAGAAACCUUUGGAAGAGGCAACAGGCUCCAAACCCAAAGAGCAUGCUAUUGAUGAAGUUUCUGAUACUUCUUCGGAUGAUGACUCCUGUGCAAUAGGGGAAGAUACUGAAGUCCAAAAAGACCCAAAGAUUCAAGAACGUGUCGUGGACCAAGAACAAGGACAUCAAAAGACAGCUGAGACAUCCACACAGAGUCUAAGCCCAGUAGCACAGCCCGUGCGCCCAGAGGCAGUGGUGGAACCCAUGGUAUGCACAGAAUUGCCAUCUUAUGCAGUAGCUGAGCCAAGAGGAGCACUUAACUUCCAGCGUCCAAUAUUGAGGGAAAUGUUUGCCGAGUUCUGUGGCCCACGAAUGAGGACACAGAUCUAUGAUUUGAAUAUAUGUAGAAUCUUCAAUGAUGAACCUCCUUCUUACAGAGAAGUUGAAGAAGAGGAAAGGGCACGAGAACAAUGCGAAUAUGAGUUGGUCCAACAUAUUGAGAUGCUUCAUAACUUGCCACUUGAACGACCAAGGGCACAGGAACAAAUGGGGCAAGGACAAGAAAAUCAGGUUUAUCAUGCACAAGAGCAGGUGGUGACUAUUAUUAGUGACAUGGGAGCGCAUCCCUUUAAUUUCUUUGGAAAUGGAAACUCUGAGUGUCCACGAAAUGAGACCCAUAGAUUCUGGGAUGAUCAUGUCAAUCAUAACUCUCCAGUCCUCCAUGGCCCAUCAACAAGGUCAUAUCAAACAACACCAGUGCCAUAUCAACCAGGAGCACAACCUUUGGCAGUGACAAAUCAGCCAUUGACAGGAACACAUCAUCCAUCUGCAAGGACACAGUACCCAUCACCAAGGUCACAUCUUUCCACUUCUGACUACAGAAGAGAGGACAGACCACACUUUAUGCCUCCUGGCCAAGAAAAUCCCCACUAUUUACAUCCUGAAGAGGACAUCCAUCCUCAUCCAUGAGGGGAAGAUGAAGCAGAAGACAGACCACCAUGGUCUGGGUGGGAAAGGGACACACAAAGUGGACAGAGUCCAUUUAGGGGGGAGGGUGGGUUAAUUAUUAUUCUCUACUCACAAAUUGAGUUUGUAGUUAUUUUAAAGCACAAUCACUUUGCUAGGAAUGAUGCUGCAGAAGCAAACUGGCACAUCCAACUUCAGAUGUGAUAACAAGUAUUCAUUGGUCCCUGCUUGCCCCACACUAUUUCAUGUGGCAAGCAGACUUUAUGAGCAAAAUUUCAGGGGACUUUUCUUUCCAAAAUAAUGAUAAAAAAUACUACUACAGACUGCGAUAUAGAAAAAACUAUUCCAUCAUGCCCUUACUCUGGAUUCUGGGGCCUUAAUCUUGAUUUAUUUCCACCUCUCUUCUGUAGCCCUACAAACCUGUUACAUUGGGUAUGUUAAAUGGGUAUCCAAUUGUGAGAAAUUAAU